GCGCAACCCUAGCAGGUCAUCCAUUUCCAACGUUUCGGUGAGUUGAGGUUGAGCUUCUUUCUUUCUGAUAUUAUUCUUCUUCUACGCUUUCAUUGAUGGCGCCACCAAACCCUAAGGUGUUCUUCGAUUUGACGAUCGGUGGCCAACCGGCCGGCCGUGUGGUCAUGGAGCUUUUUGCUGACGUCACUCCAAUCACCGCCGAGAAUUUCCGUGCCCUCUGCACCGGAGAGAAAGGAAUCGGUAGGAGCGGAAAGCCUCUGCACUACAAAGGAUCCACCUUCCACCGUGUGAUCCCCGGUUUCAUGUGCCAGGGAGGGGACUUCACAGCUGGAAAUGGCACCGGCGGCGAGUCGAUCUACGGCUCCAAGUUCGCCGACGAGAACUUCAUCAAGAAGCACACCGGUCCUGGUAUCCUUUCCAUGGCGAAUGCCGGACCCGGAACCAACGGAUCUCAGUUCUUCAUCUGUACGGCCAAGACCGAGUGGCUUGAUGGCAAGCACGUGGUUUUCGGUCAGAUCGUCGAGGGCUUCGACGUUGUGAAGGCCGUGGAGAAAGUGGGGUCCAGCACCGGAAGGACUUCGAGGCCGGUGGUGAUCGCCGACUGCGGCCAGCUCUCUUAGAUGAUUUGGUUGUUUGACUUUGCUGGGUCUUUUUUAUUAUGUCUAUUAUGAUGGUCUUCUUCUAGUAGUUUUAUUUUUAUUUCUUACUUAUUUCGGCAUUUGGGAUAUGUCUCUAUGGGGUUUUAUGGUUUUUGGUACUCUUACUGUGUCCAAAAUAGUCCAUUGUCGCUGUGGGUCUUUUGAGUGUCUUUACUCUUUCAUGCUAUAUCGGGCUACCUUGAAUAAUAAUUAAAAAAAAAAAUCUCACUUACUGUUCUGGA